AUGGCCGAUUCACUGCGAAUCGACAAUAUUGAACUAGACCAAAUAAUCGUGUUUGGAGAUAGUAUAACUCAAUGGGGAUAUAACACUGACCAUCUCGGCUGGGUUGCUCUUGUCUCGCACGCCUACGUACGCAAGUUGGAUGUCCUCAACCGUGGAUUUUCGGGAUUCAAUACAAGGCUAUGUAAAUAUGUGCUUCCUUCCAUACUCAACAAUCCAACGCUCAAGUUGAAAGCUGCAAAGCUUCGACUUGUCUCAAUCUUUUUAGGCGCUAAUGACGCCUGCAUCGCAUCUGCAAAUCCAAGGCAGCACGUAUCGCUGCCUGACUUUUGCGACAAUGUCAGACUCAUGAUUGAUACCAUACGGCACUACCAUCCUGAUGCACGAAUAAUCCUCAUAUCAUGUCCACCCGUGUAUCCCAAACGAUGGGGUGAACAUCGAGCUGGUCAGCCUAACAGAGUCCAGGAUCGAGAUGUGGACGUGACGAGAUCAUAUCACGAAAGUGUGCUCAAAUUAGCAGAUGAUUUGAACAUACCCGUCAUCGACACCUGGAAGGCUAUAUUCGGUGGGAAUGGAGAGUAUAAUGAAGCUAUUGCCGCUGAUACCCAGAUCCUUCAUGACGGUCUUCAUCUCGGGCCGAAAGGGAAUCAAGUGUUGGGUACCGCCUUUUUGGAGCUCAUCGCUCUUGAAUGGCCAGACAUGAAACCAGAAUCGAUUGAAAGCAAAGUACCAUGGUGGGAUAAAAUAGAUGUUACUUCAGAGGAAACGGUCGUUGAAUCAUUAUUUAAAUAUUGCACUUAG